AUGGAGGUCGCGGUACAAUCGCGAACCAAUGAAAAGUUCGAUCUGGAAUGUACUUUACCCUCGAGCAGCAUAGAUUGGUUCAACCUCCGAAUUGAUGAACUUGGUGAGGUAUCGGCGCAAGUUAAGAGGAGGAGAAUCAGCAGUUUUCCACCCGUGCCCAAAGCUAUAUCAAUUGAUUUCAUGUUGUAUACGUGUGAUGGCGAAGUUUUACCAAUGAAAUCUUGGAAGUCUUCUGUUGAUGAAGGAGAGAAGUUGAUGGCAUGGGCGAAUGACAUCAAGUCACAGUCAUAUCUACAAAUGAGCGUUAUGCUACGAAGCGCAAUGGUAGCAGCAAGAAUGACACCGUUGCAUAGGUACUACGCGAAAAAGCAAAGCCGUGAUGCGUUCGUUAUCUUCUACAAGCUAGGAGAAGGCGCAUCUGAGCUGGAUCUCGGAUCAGAAACAAAACGAAUUCGGCCGAUUUCCCACAUUUGUUGGAGUUUUCACACUUGAAGUUGCUUAUCGUACACAAACGGAUAAGGAAGGGGUGUUGUCACCGCCUGAAGGACUGAUUCUCCUAAUCAGGUAUUUUUCCGUAAUCUUUUAUCGAUUUGCAAACGUUUGCAUGUAUGUUUUAAAUAUGUCGAGCUUUGCUAUCAUUACUUUGAAUACUUGGUUCUUUAUCAUUUUUUAUUGCUAUGGAAUGAGACUUGGCAGGAGAAACCAUUAUCCGUCGGAAUCCGGCGCUGAC